GAAGAAUUUCUAACUCGCGUUUUCUUGAGCAGCGGCUGCCUCCCACUUCAACUGGUGUCAAGCUGCUGUCCCUGUCUCAGAGUGAGACAGAGGGAGGAAAAAAGGCUCAACAGGACCACAGCCAGAGACAGGCGUAUGCUAACAGGAAAGGAGGAGAAGCCAUGCCAAACUUGAGGUAUUUAAGGCUGUAAGUACUCUCCAAGGAGCAACUGAACAGAAGCCUGCAAAUAAUGGAAAAACAGACAGUAAAUGGCAUAUCUCCAAACAUGAAUGGGAAUUGGAAAAGGCCACCCUCCUACUCAGUGGAGACACCAUAUGGCUUUCACCUGGACCUGGACUUCCUGAAGUAUGUGGACGACAUUGAGAAGGGGAACACCCUCAAGCGGGUCCCCAUGCAGAGGAGGACCAGGCCCGCCAGCGCCAGUGCCCACCACAACCACAGCCUCCCGGGCCACGGACGCACCCAUGGCCCCACUCAGUGGAGCUCCAUCGGCUCCCUCUGGCCCAAGCCCCGCGGUGCGGACGGCCAGCACACGUACGACGGAGUCCUGUCCGGCUAUCCCAGACAUCCAGGCGCCCCUUGCACAUCGCCGACCAGUGCUCACAUGGAGGAGAGCAUCCGGGCGUUUGACGAGCAGCCACUGGGGUGCUACGUGAGGCCCAAUCUGCUGCGGGCCUCCAGCCUGCCGGCCACUGUCCUGCAGCGCAAGCGCUCCGAGUCCAACGACGACCCGACCAGUCCCCGGGGCUCCAGGGGCCACCUGCUGCUGCAGGAGGACGACGGCUCCUCCGAGGACGUGUUUGUCGACUCAGGCAGGAUGUCGGCGCCGGUCGGCGGGGCAGGGGCGGGGACUCUGCAGAGGCUCACGGCGGCCCUGCGGCGGGUCGGGGAGCUGGAGGAGGAGACCCGGGUGGUCCCAGAGCUCAGGGCCCAGAUCUGCAUCCUGCAGGAGGAGAAGGAGAGGCUCCUCACCAGGCUCUCCUCGGACCCGGAGAGCAGCCCGGAAGCGCCGAACUCCGGUCCGAAGGCAAACGGCCGACUGCGGGCUUCACGGGCAGGCGGCAAGGCCGACUGGGGCAACGGGCACAGUUCGGGACGCGGCUCGAGCAGUCUGGAGGAUCAAGAGGAGGACUGGAUGAGCCGGGAACUGCAGCGGCUUGAAGAGAAGGUCAAGGCCUCUUCUGUGCAGGUGGAGACUGAGGCCAUGAUGUCAUCCGUCCGAGAUGGCACACUUUCAGGGGCAGGUCAGCGGUCAGCUCACUCAGUCCCCAGUAAGGAACGAGCAGAGCACCAGUCUGUGGACGCCCUACAGAAGAGGCUCGCUAGCCUGGAGCAGAGGCUCAGAGAGUCAGAAAAAGAGCUGGAGAUGGCCAAGACCAUGCUGCAGACCCAUGUGGAGGAGGGCAGACUGAAGGACCAGAGAAUAGAAGAGCUCAGGAAGAUGGAGAGAGCCGAGGCCCAGCAGGAUGCUACCAGAAACCUAAACACCACCAUCAGCUCCUCAUGCUCAGUCACCCAGCAAGGAAUGCCCAGUAAAAAGGAUGCCUCUGAAAUCACCCCAAAGGAAUGGAGAGUGGCUGGGGAUGGGGGCAGCAGACAGGAGGGGACGGAACCAGCACACGUAAGUCACCACGUGGGAAGAGUGCGCCAGCUCCUCCAGGAGCAGUGGGAGUGUCUGUGCGCAGGCCAGAGGCCGGCGGAGCCCCUGCCCCCCAGGGUCAGCUCCAUCCAGGAGGAGCUGGUGAGGCUGGUGGACACUCUGGCCUCCAGCGUGGACCCUGGGCAGAGGAGCGGCCCUGGACACCAGCUCACUGAAGCUAAGACCUCUGCUUUGGGAGGCGGGUAUUGUCUGGUUGAAGAGACUAUCAGGAGUGGUGGAGCUAAUCAUAGCAGGCCAUCUGGUUGUGAGGAGAUUGUAAAAGAAGACUCAUCACACCGAGAUGAAACCAACCCACAUAGGAGGACUGAACGAGAACGGGACAUUCAGACACAGCCAGGAUCACAAAGACAGACAACAGGGUCAGCAACACAACAGGAGAGGACAGAGGGAAACUCAGGUGGACACCAGGGGGGAUCGAGAGAAUCGGUGGAAUCAGGAAAUGAAGCAAACAGGGUUGAUGAGGCCUUCAUCGCUGCAUGUCUUUACCUGAGGGACCACAUGGAUGAAAUGGCAAAUCUGAACGAUGACAUGAGGCAGGCCCUGACGGUGGUGUUCCAGCAGUGGUUCCAUGUGACGGCUGAGGAGGACUCGUCUGUCCACACGGUGGCGCUGUACCUGGACAAAGUCAGGGCCGCAGCGCCCUCGCUUCUUCACUUCCUCGUCAACCUGGCAGACGACAACGGCAACACUGCCCUGCACUACAGCGUGUCUCACUCGAACUUCGCCAUCGUUCAGACCUUACUGAGCACAGGUGUUUGUGACGUGGACGUGCGGAACAAGGCCGGCUACACCUCCAUCAUGCUGGCCUCCCUCACUGCUGCAGACUCCGCUCUGGACCUGGAGGUGGUGCGCCAGCUCCUACGGAGUGGAGACGUCAGUGUCCGCGCUGGCCAGGCGGGGCAGACUGCCCUGCACCUGGCUGCAAGGCACGGGCGCCGGCUAAUCGUGCCGCUCCUUCUGGCCGCGGGCGCCGAUGCCAACGCCCAGGACCGCAGCGGCAGCACUGCCCUCAUGCUGACCUGUGAGCGGGGACAUGGCGACCUCGUCGCUUUCCUUCUGGAGCAGGCCAACUGCGAUCUGACCCUCACUGAUAGGGAGGGACGCUGCGCUCUGUCAAUAGCUCUCCAGGCGUCCUUUACCAACAUUGCUGACCUUCUGAAAGCCCACAUGGCCUCUUAAGGCGUUGCUGAGACUCAAGCCAGAUCACUCACCAAGAAGACUCUCUCUCUCGCUGACUCAGAUAGCAAACACUGUUAAAAAAAGAUUAGCACAUUCAAUAUGACCCAGUCAAGUCAUCUUAUUGCUUUGACUUGCUUUGUUAUGUCAACGUGUAGGGUCAAGUAUAUACUACACAUAACCUUGAUACUACACAUAAACUUGACACUACAUGUUCAAAUAACUGAACUCAGUCAAAGCAAUAACAUGACCUGACUUGGGUUAUAUUACCUGUGUUAAUGUUUUUCUACUAACACAUACACACACACACACACACAUAGUCUCUCUCUCUCUCUGGCUCAGAUAGCACUGUCACUGAGAUAAGAAUCUCAACAGCAGACAUAACUGUAAAGAGGAGAUAGCGGCUAAGUGUUUGAAUGAACACUUUGCAAAAACAUACAAGCAAUACCAAACAUUUUGUAAGUAGGUGCAAACACAUUCUAAAGUCUAAAGGAGCAUAAGCAGAGACUGGGAACUGUUCCUUUUAUCAGUGGCCACAUGACAGAAUGUCAGAUAUUGAUGAAAAUACUCUGAAGACCACAGACAGUACAUCAAUAACAUCUCGGACAUCAUGCAAAUAUUCUCUCUCUCACACACACACACUAGAACAUGCAAUAAGAAAGAGUGGUAGAGAUAGAGACAUCAGUCAGUCAGGAGUGGGAACAAAGCCCUGCAGAGUUUUAUGAUUUGACAGUCAAGUUGACUCUGCCAGAUUAUGCUUGGUCCUGUCAGACCUUGUCUGGCUGGAGUAAUGUGUAAAUGUUAAUGUCAGUUACAAUGUAAAUCAUCUACAGUGCCUUAGUCUACAGUUUUAAUAUCCACCAUUUAUCGUUCUCAGCAUUUUUUAGCUAUGAUAUUGCUGUAAUAUUGCCUUUUGCUGAUGCCUGCAACAAGCACUUCAAUAGAAUCGGAAAUGACCACCAUACUACCACGCAAUUUCCCCAGAACUGUUUAUCCAGUACUGUGGCUUCUAUCUUUCAAUAAAUAUUUUUAAUAGCCA